CUCCAACGCGCCAAAAAGUACUUAACCUCUGAGCCCCCCUCCAUGUCCCCUUCGCUCUCCCAUUUUGAAUUCCCCAAUUGUCACCACUGCCAUCCACCUGCAUCUUUGUCGCCCUGUCAUCCGGCCGUACUCUCGUACCCAUUUCGAACGUUCAAGUUUUCCCAACCCAAAAUCACAACAUCAAAAUGACCGGCGGCGGCAAGUCUGGCGGCAAGGCCUCUGGCUCCAAGAACGCGCAAUCCCGUUCGUCCAAGGCUGGUCUCGCGUUCCCCGUUGGUCGUGUCCAUCGUCUUCUGCGAAAGGGCAACUAUGCUCAGCGUGUCGGUGCCGGUGCUCCCGUCUACCUGGCUGCUGUUCUCGAGUAUCUCGCUGCCGAAAUCCUUGAGCUCGCUGGCAACGCCGCCCGUGACAACAAGAAGACUCGUAUCAUUCCCCGUCAUCUCCAGCUGGCCAUCCGAAACGAUGAGGAGUUGAACAAGCUGCUUGGUCACGUCACUAUUGCCCAGGGUGGUGUCCUUCCCAACAUUCACCAAAACCUGCUGCCCAAGAAGACCGGCAAGAGUGGCAAGGGUCCGAGCCAAGAGCUAUAAACGGCUGCGUGUUUUGUUUUUAACUUGCGACGGUUGAUUGCUUUCGGUGCUUACGACAUGGGGUCACGGUUCAGGGUUCACGGCUACUUUGGUCUCUAUUUUUUUUUACGCGUCUGGGUUGUACUAUAAUCCCCCACGGCAAUGGUCAUCAUGAAUGAGAAACAAUUUCAAAACUUGAGUCUCCCAUUUCGUAUGAUUGCAUCUAUCGGCCAAUUCGUCGCGUCUCCUAGCUUGACGCAC